CGUGUCCCCCCCCGUGUCCCCCGCUCCCCCCCCCGGUUCCGCCUCCAUCUUUGCGCCGCCGCCGCGACGCGAACGAACCGACGAACGAACCCACGGACGGACGGACCCACGGACAACCCGACCCGCGGACAGACGGACCCGCGGGCGGAGCGGCCCCGGCUCCUCCUGUCCCUUUAAGAGCCGCGAGGGCUCGUGGUCCGAACGGGGAUCCUGACGUCACUCCCAGCCCAGCCAAUGAGCAUCCAGGAGGCGCUGCCGGCCCCACCCCCCCCACAGUGUGUCCAUGAGGCCCCAGCACACAGUGGACCCAGGCGUCCGGGUGACCCCCUGGAAGGAACCCAGGCGUCCGGGUGACCCCCACUAGUGGACCCAGGCGUCCGGGUGACACCAAAAUAGGCGCUGUUGGCUGCGGUGUCGGAGCCGCCGGACGCCGCUCGGAGCCGCUCGGCGCUGCCGGAGCUGAACACGCGGUGUCACCGUCACCGGCGUCACCGUCACCACCGGUGUCACCGUCACCAUCACCGCCAGGGACCCCGGACCCCGCGUCACCGUAUCUCGUGUCACCGUGCCACCGGCUGUCGGCGCUGUCGUCGGUACCACCGUCAUCUCCAACACCCUCAACCCCAUCGACACCCCGCGGCUGUUGUCGCCGUCACCCGCACGCCAACCGGCGCCGUGGGGCGGCGCUCGAGCUCCUCCCUGCGCCCCAUAGCGACCCCCCCCCGGAUGGACGGCCCCAUGGAUCUGUCGCGCGCGGCGGCGGCGGCGGCACAGCCGGCCGGUGCGGGUGUUGCGGGUGUGCCGGUGUUGCGGUGCGGGUUGUGCGGGCGCGGGUUCGGCACGGCGGCGGCGCUGGGGCUGCACCGGCGCGCUCACUCGCGGCUGCAGGCGCACGAGGUGGCGUGUGCGGGUGACAAGGCGGGUGACAACGCGGGUGACAAUGACACCGGGUCAACCGCGGCGCCGCGGCCCCAUGGGAAAAAGGCCAUUUGGCUGCGGCGCCGCGGGGGAGGGGGAGCGGGGGCGGACGGACGGACGGUGACAGCGGAUGGACGCGCGGUGGUGACAACAGGCGGACGCACAGAAACAACGGGUGGACACGCGGCGGUGGGUGGAUGGAUGGUGACAACGGAUGGACGCGCGGCAACAGACGGACGCACGGUGACAACGGAUGGACACAUGGAGACGGAUGGGCGCAUGGUGACAAUGGACAGACACACGGCAACAGGUGGACACACGGGCACAAUGGAUGGACGCACAGCGAUGGGUGGACACACGGUGACAACAGACGGACACACGGCAACAGGUGGAUGCAUGGUGACAACGGACGGACACACAGCGAUGGAUGGACAUACAGCGAUAAGGGAUGGACACACGGGGACAAUGACAGAUGGGCACAAAGCAACAGGUGGACACAUGGUGACAACAACAGACGGACACAAAGCGAUGGACAGACACGCGGUGACAACGACAGAUGGACACAUGGUGACAACACCAAAUGGACACAAAGUGACGGGUGGACACACUGUGACAACAACAGGCGAACACACAGUGACAACACCAGUUGGCCAUAAGGUGAUGGGUGUACAUGUGGUGACAACAACAGAUGGAUACAAAGUGAUGGGUGGACACACGGUGACAACGAUGAACAGACACCCAGUGACACCACCAAACGGACACAAGGUGAUGGGUGCACAGCCGGUGACAACAACAGGCGGACACAAAGUGAUGGGUGGACACGUGGUGACAACGACAGAUGGACAUAUGGUGACAACAACAGACGGACACGGAGCAAUGGGUGCGCACCCAGUGACACCACCAAACGGACACAAGGUGAUGGGGGGACACCCGGUGACAACAAUGGACAGACACCCGGUGACACCACCAGAUGGACACAAAGCAAUGGGUGGACACCCGGUGACAACAACAGAUGGACACCCGGUGACACCACCAGAUGGACACAAAGCGAUGGGUGUACACCCGGUGACAACGACGGACAGACACCCGGUGACACCGCCAGACGGCCACACCGCGCCGGACAGACACCCGGUGACAAUGGCAGAUGGACACAAAAUGAUGGGUGCACACCCGGUGACAACAACAGGCGGACACCCGGUGACACUACCAGAUGGCCAUAAAGUGAUGGAUGGACACACAGUGACAACACCAAAUGGACACAAAGUGAUGGGUGCACACCCGGUGACGACAACAGGCGGACACCUGGUGACACCACCAGAUGGCCAUAAAGCGAUGGGCGGACACACGGUGACAACACCAGAUGGACACAAAGUGAUGGGUGGACACCUGGUGACAACGAUGGACAGACACCCGGUGACACCACCAGACACCCACACCGUGCCGGACAGACACCUGCUGACACCACCAAAUGGACACAAAGCGAUGGGUGCACACCCGGUGACGACAACAGGCGGACACCCGGUGACACCACCAAAUGGACACAAAGCGAUGGGUGCACACCCGGUGACAACAACAGGCGGACACCUGGUGACACCACCAAAUGGACACAAAGCCAUGGGUGCACACCCGGUGACACCACCAGAUGGACACAAAGCGAUGGGUGGACACACCGUGACAACACCCGAUGGCCAUAAAGUGAUGGGUGCACACCCAUUGACACCACCAGACACCCACACGGCGCCGGACAGACACCGGGUGCCAACAACAGCUGGCCACACGGUGACAACCAGCCACACCGCGCCGCUCCCCCGCGUCCCCGUCACCGCCGCCUACACCUGCACCGUGUGUCACCGCUCCUACGUCACCCUGUCCAGCCUGAAGCGCCACAGCAACGUCCACUCGUGGCGCCGGUCGUACCCGUGUCGCUUCUGCGACAAGGUGUUCGCGCUGGCCGAGUACCGCACCAAGCACGAGGUGUGGCACACCGGCGAGCGCCGGUACCAGUGCGGCUUCUGCUGGGACACCUUUGUCACCUACUACAACCUCAAGAGCCACCAGAAGACCCUCCACGCGGCGGCUACAGGCCCAAGCUCAACGCGCUCAAGCUGUACCGGCUGCUGCCGGCGCGCGGGAACAAGCGGCCGUACCGGACGUACACCAGGACGCGGUGACAAUGGCGCCAGUCGCGGUGACAACGGCGGGGGCGCUCGCUGGUGACGCCACAACCGGCCUCGGUCAUCGCGUUCGGGCGGCCGAGCGGGGUAUGCGGCGGCGGGUGUUGCGUUGGGCGAGCGGGGUGACAACGACGGGGACAACGAUGGGGACAAUGGGGACGAUGGUGACGACGCCGCCCAUGAAGAAGCAGGUGCUGCGCGAUUACAUCGCGGCACAACGCGCGGCGACGGUGACGCCGGAGGCGUGACGCGGGUGUCACCCGGUGUCACCCGCACUAUGACGUACGUGGCCAAACCGGCGUGCGCGGGCGCGGGGGAGGGGCGGCGCCGCUGUGCCGCAUCACCGUGCGCAUCGGCGACGAGGCCGUGGUCAAGCGGCGCUUCGCCGUGGGUGACAAUGACGGUGACGCCGGUGACGGUGACGCCGGGGGGUCCAACAGCGGCCGCACAGGCGGAGGGCGGCGGCGGGCGGCAAAGCCAAGAGGUGGCGCCGCAAGGCGCGCGGGUGACGACGGUGAGGGUGACAACGGGGGUGACGGUGAGGGUGACAACGGGGGUGACGGUGAGGGUGACAAUGAAUGCGGGGUGUGCGGGAAAAGCCGCGCGGGCGGCGGAAGCAGCGGAGGGGGCAGGAGGGGACGCGGGGGGACGCAGUGGGGACGUGGGGACGGGGGGGGGCGGGUCCCCCCCGUUGUCCCCCUCCCCCCGCCCCGGCGCCCCCCGUCCCGGCGCUUCCGGUGCGGCCGCUGCGGCAAAGUGUGCAGGACGGCGGCGGCGCUGACGCGGCACAACCGGCGCCACCGGGGGGGGACACCGGGGACACCGGGGGGGGAGGAGGGGUCGCCCCCCCCCAGCGUCAUGGCCUGCACCCCCCCGCUGGCCGUGGGGGGGGGUGGGGGUGGCGCGGGGGUGACGCGAGGGGACGAGGGGCACGGUGACACCGGGGUGGCAAUGGGUGAUGUGGGGGUGGCAGCGGGUGACAAGUGUCAUGGUGACCCGGGGUGACACCCGGUGAUGUGGGGGGGACAGCGGGUGACAAGGGUCACGGUGACCAUGGGGGGACCCCACGUGACCUGGGGGUGACAGCGGGUGACCUGAGGGUGACAACGGGUGACAAGGGUCACGGUGACCAUGGGGUGACAGCAGGUGACGAGGGGGUGACACGAGGUGACAAGUGUCACGGUGACCCCGGGGUGACCCCAUGUGACCUGAGGGUGACCCCGGGUGACAUGGGAGUGACACGAAGUGACAAGUGUCCCGGUGACCCCAGGGUGACACCGGGUGACAAGUGUCCGUGUGACCCAGGGGUGACCCCAUGUGACCUGAGGGUGACCCCGUGUGACCUGGGGUGACCCCAGGUGACAAGUGUCAUAAUGACCCCA